AUGUUUGGAAGAAAAACCAUGGAAAACUACGAAAGUAAAGUCUUGUCGACAACACCCGACCAUGACCAGCCGGUCUAUGAAGAUGUAGGGUCAGCGACUUUGGCGGCUUCGAGCUUGAGUGUUGAGGAGCAACCUCAGGAGGGAGUAGUUGCCCAGGCACCACCAGAAGGGGGCUUGGUAGCCUGGCUUGCAGUGGUGGCUUUCUUCCUCGCCAUUAUGAAUACAUGGGGCAUGAUUAUCUCCUACGGUGUCUUCCAAACCUACUACGUCUCGACACUCCACAAAACACGAUCCGACAUCGCUUGGGUAGGCUCCAUAGCCGUCUUCCUCCUCUUCUUCACAGGCAUUGUGAGCGGACGCCUUACAGACGCCGGUUACUACCGCUAUGUCACAGGCACUGGCGCGUUCCUAGUCGUACUAGGAACCUUCAUGACAUCCUUGAGCGAGACGUACUGGCAAGUCCUCCUCGCUCAGGGUGUCUGCACGGGUCUAGGAAACGGGUGUUUGCUUACGCCUAUGUCGGCGCUGGUAACGACGUACUUUAAGAGGAGACUUCCGCUGGUUACAGGUAUAGCUGCUUGCGGGAGUGUAACCGGAGGUCUCAUCUACCCUAGUAUGGUGCGGACGUUGCUACCUACGAUUGGCUUUGGGUGGACGUUGAGAGCGAUUGGCUUCAUACAAUUGGGGACUUUCGCGGUCGCUUUGGUAUGCGGAAAGCCGAAGAAAGCGCCUAGGAAGUCAGGCCCGCUUUUGGAUCUCUCGGUCUUCAGGGAGACUGCGUUCAAUCUACUCCUUGUGGGGUCUUUCUUGGCUUUUCUGGGUGUGUUCUUCCCGUUCUUCUUCCUCAGCUCCUACGCGCGAGAAAAGCGGGGAAUGUCCUACACUGACUCGCUCAACCUUACCCUCGUCCUGAACGGCAUCGGGUUUGCAGGUCGAUUAUUACCCAGUCUGAUUGCCCGAUACUGCGGUACCAUGAACGUUUAUAUUACAUUCAUCUUCUGCUCUGCACUAUGCAUGUAUACCUGGAUCCCGGUACACUCCGCCCCCGGACUAUACGUGUGGACAACUUUCUACAGCAUGUCUGUCGGAGGUGUUCAGUCUCUCUCACUAGCCAUCGUUCCUAUUAUCAUCUCUGAUACGUCGAAGAUGGGAGCCUCGUUCGGGAUUGUGUUUGCGGCUAUUGGAAUUGGCGCGUUGCUGGGUUCGCCGGUGUGUGGUGCUAUCAUCACGUCGAAUGGUGGCUCGUACACUGGUGCACAGGCAUUUUCAGGGAGUGUGUUGGUGGCUGGGGGACUUAUCAUAUUAGCUGCACGCGAAGCGAAGAGGAGGCAGAAACAGGAAAACGUUUGGGUAAAGAUGUGA